AAAAGAGUGUCGAUUAUUUCGGGUUUCAGAAUAUCGACGUGCCACUAGAGUUGAUCCUUCGUUUGACUGCUCGCAUUUUGAUUCCGCUAGUGUGGAUCUGGAGGAUUUCGUGGGGACUCGGACUAUCCAUACUUGGACUAUCUGAUACUCUUGCCUAGUGAAUUGUUUUUUAUUACUUCAACCAUGAGUUUUGUCUUCAGAGGAACUAGAGCAGAUAUAGAAAGCGGAUUUCCAGGAUUUAUUCCUGAACGGCGUUCAGUGCGUGUUCAUGCGGCUCGGCCAGUUAAUACGAAUUCAAUGGCUUUUCUCGUCACAGCAGUUCUUUUGCUGUUCAUGAUACUAAAUUCACACCAAAUGUCACCAAACUUUCUGCUUUGGCUUUUUCUGGGUGUCUUCCUAAUGGCCACAAGCCUUAGGAUGUAUGCAACUUGUCAACAACUUCAGGCUCAGGCACAGGCUCAUGCUGCUGUAGCCAGUGGUCUGCUUGGUCAUACUGAACUGAGGUUGCAUAUGCCACCAUCUAUAGCCUUAGCAACAAGAGGGCGUCUACAAGGCCUCAGGCUCCAGCUUGCUCUUCUUGACCGGGAAUUUGAUGACCUAGAUUAUGAAACCUUGAGAGCAUUGGAUUCUGACAAUGCUUCCACAGCUCCUUCAAUGAGUGAGGAAGAGAUAAAUGCACUUCCUGUUCACAAGUACAAGGUCACUGGUCCACAAAGUGAUGGCUCAUCAAUGCGGCAGGCAUCAUCUUCAUCCACAGCUGAGAAAAAGGCAGACUCUUGCAAGGUAGAUGGGAACAUUAAAGCUUCAGAAGACGAACUGACAUGCAGUGUUUGCCUCGAACAAGUUAAUGCUGGAGAAAUCAUUCGCAGCUUGCCAUGCCUGCAUCAGUUCCAUGCGAACUGCAUUGACCCAUGGCUGCGGCAGCAAGGCACAUGCCCAGUGUGCAAGUUCAGAGCAGGGUCUGGAUGGCAGGAAGGUGGAGAGAGUGGAAUAGAUGGUUCCUAUAUGGUUUGAAGCAUUCGCACUCGCACAGUGUUAUAUUUAAUAUGUAAUUCUUUAGGAAGGGCAUGAUCUAAAUUUAACAAAUGCAUGAAGAAAAAGAUUGGAUACUGGGUCGAUUGGAGACCC